CUGCAGCAGUGCAGGUCCCUCAUGCCUUGCUGAUCUGCUGUCGCAGGGUUUUCCGUAGACUGCAGCCACCUUGCCAGCAGCAGCCCCAGCGGGGUGUACGUCAUCCAGCCGGCCGGGGCACCCCCGCGCGUAGUGUGGUGCGACAUGGACACCGAAGGCAAGGGCUGGACUGUUGUCCAGAGAAACACUUACACCACCAGUAUCACAUGGAAGGAGUCCUGGACCACCUACAAGUACGGCUUUGGGGACGUGCAAGGCGAUCACUGGCUGGGCACCGAGUACCUGCACCUCCUGACAAAGCAAGGCACCUACAAGGUCCGCUUCAUCGUGCGGAAUAAAGCCAAUGUCACCCAUUACGCCGAGUACGACAUCUUCAGUGUGGAGAGUGAGGCGAGUGGGUACCCACUGAGGCUGGGUCGGUUCCUGGGCAGCGGGGAGGACUACCUGACCAGCUACCACUCCAGGUAUGGGGGCAUACACGACAACAUGAAGUUCAGCACGGUCGACAGGGACCAGGACCAGCACAGCACGAACUGUGCCAACAGCUACGGGGGCUGGUGGUACGACAAGUGCCAGAACGUCCUGCUCAAUGGCAAGAGGUACAUCUACUGGCCAGGAAUCUGCUCGAGUGCGACUGUGUAUCCUCCCUCAUCCUGGUCAAGCCCACAGACGUGUGCUGACCGUGCUGCAGCCACCCGGGAGUUUGUGGCAGUGCCACCAUCCCCAGCUCCAACAGGUAUGUUUCAGCAGUACAGGGUUUACAAUGUCUUAGACUAA